UCCUUUGAAUUUGGAACGAUUGGAAUAAUAUCUAACAACAAAUUGUCAAAUAAAAUAUUGAAACAUUUGUUUCAGUAAGAACAUGUGAAAGUUUUACAUCUGUAUAUAUUUAAACUUCAUUUAAACUUACAGUAUACACCAAUCUAUCAUCGUACCCAUAUUAAGCGGCUUUGCUGAAAAGAAUAUAGGUUAAUCCUCAAGAUAUUUCUCUUCUGAAGUUUGUCGGAAUAAUAAAGGCGAUGGAAACAUGUGGUCAUGAGAAACAUGUGGUGGCGUUUUGCUAUAGAUAUCCAGAAAUGUAUGAUUGUUUAAACAAUAGACGGGGUUUGACAAUACCAUGGACAACAUAGAUGACGAAUGCUUGUGGCAUUUCAAGUAUAAUAAAAAGGGUAUACAAAAUAUCGGAUAGUUUAUACAUACAUUCUAACGUGAGUUGGUUACAGUAUUAAGUGAAGCGGAAAUGGAGACACUUCGUUGAUAUAAGGACUGCUAUUUGGGAAGAACCUGAGCGUGACGAAGCCAAAUGUUUAACUAGAAGACAAGUUCGCCGUACGAUUUAUUGUCAAACUCACGUGAUACAAGACUCGGAACGGGAUGCGAGACUUGACUAAUGCAGGUAUGACGUACUUCAAAAGACAGUUGUUAUAUGGCAUCAGUCAUUUGAGAGGAUGCUUAAGUCACCAGCGCCCAGGUUUUGUAAGGAAACGGAGCACAUAUCUAACCUCCCUUGACAGCCCCCAAGCAGUGGACAGGACCUUGUCAACAGAUUACGAUAGUGCUAAACCAUUUAGUGAUAUCCCAGGACCAACCGGAUUGCCAUUUAUCGGAACUCUUAUGCAAUAUACAGGUCCUUUUAGAAAGUAUGACAUAGACAACUACCAAGCAGUGCUGGAGUCUAGAUGGAAAGAGUUUGGACCUGUUCUCAGGGAGACCAUAGGAAACCGUACGGCUGUCAGGCUGUUCGACCCUGACCAUGUCCAGGCUGUCUACCAGCACGAGGGGGUGUGGCCAAAUAUUGUCCCUAUUCUGGAGAGUUCCCGAAAGUACCGUGAAUCAAAAGAUAUGUCUCCUGGACUGGGAAAUAUAAACGGUCAGGAGUGGAAUACUAUGCGGAAAGCCAUCCAGACGGUGAUGAUGCGGCCCCAUAAUGUAGCUCAGUUCCUUCCGUUUGUGAACGAGGUAGCUGAUGACGUCAUUGACGAAAUAUGUAUCAGAAAGGAUAAUGAGGGAAAUAUCGCUCAUUUCAACUAUUUGGCGGGAAGAUGGAAUUUGGAAACUGCUGGAAUGAUUUGUUUUGAGAAAAGACUUGGAGCACUGAAAGAGGGAUUCGAUUCGCAUUCGCAGAGAAUGAUCCAGGCAAACCUAGACAUAUUUGAAUUUUCCACAAAACUUAUGUUUGUACUUCCUUGGGAUUUCAUAACAUAUAGAAAGCUGUCAAAAAAACAUUUCGCAGCAGAGGAUUACUUUUACAGCGAUGGCAGGAAUCUCAUAAACACGACAGUAUCUCAUAUCAAGAAUCUGGUAGACAAUGGAGAACUGGUAGAAGGGAAGUUUGUAUUCCUGUCCUACCUGCUGUCCAGUUCUAAUCUCAACAACAAAGACCUGAUCAUCACUGCCCUCACAGUGUUCGCAGAUGGACUCAAUGCGACGGUACCGGCACUUCUACUGGCAUUGCACUGCCUCGCAAAGAAUCCACAAGCCCAGCAAAAGGCAUUUGAGGAAGUACAUCAGCAUGUUCCUGAAGAUGGCUACAUAACCCAGGACGUUUUAAACAAGAUGCCAUAUAUAAAGGCAUGUUUCAAGGAAUCCUUUAGACUGUACCCUUUAAACCUGGACAUUAAAAGGAUAGUGGAUAAGAAUAUUGCUGUUGGAGGAUUCCAGAUACCAGCUGGGACCGUCAUAGAGAUAUGUUCCUUCGUACACCAGAUGUCUCCUCAGUAUUUCGAUGAUCCAACAGAGUUCCGACCGGAGCGCUGGUUAAGGGGUAGCAGCCAUUUCAGAAAUCACCAUCCCUUCAUAGUCAUACCCUUUAGUCACGGACCGAGGAUGUGCAUAGGUCGACGAAUAGCGGAACAAGAUAUGUACGUGAUGAUGGCUAAGUUGCUGAAAAGGUUCAAGAUCACAACUCCAACAGACGAAUUGGGCCUAAAAUUCCAAAUAAUUCAGACACUGGACCGACCUAUUACGUUCACCUUUGAAGAAAGAACUUAGUUUGAUUUUGAUGACUCACUCCAUGAACAUGUACUGAGUUCAGUCGAGUUGAGUUAUGACAAGUAUCGAGGGUUUAAAAUCAAUCAAACCUCUCUCCAAUGGUUGAAAACGAAGAAACAUGAAGACUCACAUUUCGUUCGCACUGAUAUCACGUAGAGAGGAUUGAAACGAAUUAGUUUCAGCUGUACAUAUCAUUUGUGCAGUACAUCUUUAAUAAGGGAAUGCGUCAAUCAAUGCUGUGACGUCACUCCAGCAACUUCAUUUUUAACAGAUUUUGGUCAAAACGUUAUACCAAAUGUUAUGUAUGAAAAUGCUUCGAAUGAGUUCGUAUUUCAAAAAAGCAAAGUGUUUUUUUCGUUCUGUUUUACGGCCCAUCGACAAUUUAGGUCAUAUAGUGCGAAAGGUCAAGAUAAAAGGCACAACUAAUUUUCAUAGGAAUUUGUCAAGAAAUGACACUUAUUUGCACCGGAUCUUGGAGUCUCUUUGUCUUUUUUCAAGAUUCCUUGUUGUUAUUUAUUUUAUCACUUACUUAGCAUUUUUGUUAUGAUUCAAUUAUCUUAUAAACGAAUUACAUAUUUGAUCAACGGUGUUUAGUCUCAGUGUAGAAAAGCCACCAUGAGAUUAUGAUGCCCAUUGUACAUUCAUGUUGUUAUUUCAUAAGAAAGUUUUGCAAAAGUCGGUAUUUAUUUAUAUAGAAAUAAAAUAAAUUUA